CAUGUCCAUCCGCCUCCGCCGCUCAACCCCACCCCCCACCACCCCCACCCCACUCCCUCCCCUCCCCUCUCCCCGCUCCGGUCUUCACAAGUCUUUUCUUUCUCCUCACCCGCUUCCCCGAAACCCCACGCCACCGUCGUCCGUCAAACUCCACCUGCGGUCUCUCUCCCGCAGCCCCGCCCCGCCCCGCCCCGUUCCUCCCUGCGGUCUCCCACUGCUGCUCCCCCAGAGGCAGAAAAAGGCUCGAGCUUGGGGAGCGGCCUGCCGGGCGGAGAGCUGGUUGGCCGGCGGCGACGAGACGGAGGGCAUGGCGGGGCGCGCGGCGGUGCGGAGCUGCGUGCAGACGGCGCUCAAGGCGGCCAACUCCGUCGUGGGGCUCGCCGGGAUGGCCGUCAUCCUCUACGCGCUCUGGGUGCUCCGCGCCUGGUCCCAGCAGGCCGCCGGCCACCUCCCCGCCCCCUGGUUUAUCUACACUCUUCUCAGCCUGGGGAUCAUCAUGUGCUUGCUCACCUGCUCAGGUCACAUCGCCGCUGAAACUGCCAACAGCCCCUGCCUGUCUUGUCACAUGAUCUUUGUAUUCUUGCUUGUCAUACUGGAAGCUGCAAUCGCCGCUGAUGUAUUUCUGAAUAGCUACUGGGAGGAGGAUUUCCCAGAUGACCCAUCUGGGAAGUUUGAUGAAUUCAAGCAUUUCGUGAGAUCAAAUUUUGACGUAUGUGAAUGGGUAGCCCUCUCGGUGGUGGCUGCUCAGGUGCUGUCAAUCAUUCUUGCAAUGGUACUCAGGGCCCUUGGCCCCGACAGUGAAAUCGAGUACGACAGUGACGAUGAUGCAGUGCCCGCAAGGCUGCCUCUCCUAAGGAGCCAUGCCCAGAAUAGUCCAAACUAUGGCCAACCUAACUCACCUCGCAGGAUUGAUUCGUGGCAUGUGCGGAUCUUAGACAAGGCUAACCAACAAUAAGAUUCUUCUGACUUUACAUGGUGAACCCUCUGCAAGGAGCACGGAUGCGUUUCGCUGUCCUGGUCCCUGAGGGUUACUACGGGCGACCGGAGGAUAUGAUGAUACUUUUUCUCUGAAGUAGUAGUGAGGAUCUGAUACAACGACAGUGUGGUAGCGAAUGGCUAGUUUUAUUGCCUUUCGACAUGCGCAAAUAUUUGAGUAGCAUGUAACUAAUCUUACAGCACUCUCCCCUGAUGUAUGGGAAGAAUGUUGGAAAAUCUAUCAAAGGUAGAUGAUGGAUCGAAUGGAAGACAAGAAAAGGAUAUCUUGAUUGUUUGGUA